AUGAUUUUAUUUACUCUCUUUCUUGCUAUAGAUACGUAUAAUAACGAUAAAAGAGAGGCCUUAAUAACAAAGUUCACUAAGGACAUAAAGAAUUUGCCCAAAAAUAUCACAGAUUUAGCGAAAAAAGUCGAAGAAUUAAAUACUAAAAAAUCAGAAAUGAUAAAACGCAAUAACUCUAUUAAUAGCAAUGAACAAACUAGAAGCUUGUGUGGUAAAUCAUCGAUAAUCAGAUUAAAACUCGAAAAUGCUGAUUAUAAGCGAAAUUCCAUUUCUACCUCUGACAAAAUCAAAGUUAUUUUCGGAAGAAUUAAUAUUACUGAUAUGCCAAACGUUCCUGCUUAUAAUGGUAUAUACAUUCCCGAUUCAACUGCUACAUUAACAUUUGCUCCACCUAAAAAAGCCAAUGCUAAGCAAAUUUCAUUCAAUUCAAUACCUUACUCAAAUUGUACGGCAAACUCAUAUAAAUUAACUUUUUAUGAAGGAAAUAAGCAAGUUCAUGAGAAUCAACUCAAGAAUGAUCGUCCAAAUCACAUCUAUUCGUAUUCUAUUGGGAAGCCAAUUAAUUUUGAUCGCUUAGUCGUUAAUGUUUUAUCAACUAUUGGAAAUUCAACAGAUCUUUGCUUCCCAGAGAUUUCUGCAUGCUCAUAA